UCCCGAAUAGUUUUUGGUUAAUUUGUUAAUAGCUUUUAAAGUAAAUUGAGCACGAUGUCGCUAAACCCCCAGUACGAAGAUAUUGGCAAGGGCUUCGUCCAGCAGUACUAUGCCCUGUUCGACGACCCGGCAAACCGUGCAAGCGUGGUCAAUUUCUACAGCGCAACAGAAUCCUUUAUGACCUUCGAGGGCCAUCAGAUACAGGGAGCUCCUAAAAUAUUAGAAAAGGUUCAGAGCCUGAGUUUUCAAAAGAUUACAAGAGUGAUAACUGCUGUCGACUCGCAGCCCACCUUCGAUGGAGGAGUGCUCAUUAAUGUCCUGGGACGACUGCAGUGCGACGACGAUCCCCCGCAUGCCUUCUCGCAGGUCUUUAUGCUGAAGGCCAAUGCAAACUCGUUCUUUGUGGCCCACGACAUUUUCCGUCUAAAUAUACACAAUACUGCAUAAGUAAUAUCCAUAAAAACACAUAACCACACCCAAAGAUGCGGCGCAGAACAAAACGGAAAAGCUCAAUAAAAAAAUCAGACAAUUCGUCAAAAAAAAAAUUAUUGGAACAGCUCAGCAACACUACAACAUAGAAAGCCAGUAACAGCUUUGAAAUAUCAACAAAAACUCAACAACAGCAAUAUAAUGUAAAGAGAAAAUCAACCGCAGCUUCAUCAAAAGCAUCGCAUGGCUGUUUGUUGCAUGGCUUUCUUUGUUGUGUUGUUGUUAUGCUCUCUAGAAACAACUCAGCAACCGUGGAACAGCAACACAUCAAUGUCCACAAUUCAACAACAACCACAACAACAGCAGCAGCUCAACAACAACAACAACAACGGCUAGCUCAAUCCAUGGCUAGGGUAGGAGGUCCAUGCCUAUGGCCAGACGCAUACGCAGUGCCGCAGCAAGUUCUCACGUUUAUCAGGAAUGAACAAAACAGAAUGAAAAAAGAAAUUAAAUUCUAAUUACUAUUACUAUUACUAUGUAAACGAAAUGAGCGAAUGCCGCGCUCCGAUCCCCUAUACAUAUUUUUUUCGGACCAUUUUCCAUGUCAAUGACUAAUUUAAAAAGCGGACGAUUUACUUUUUAUUGAGACUAAAUCUCACACAAAACAGACAAAUUAUUACACUUACAUUUAAGCGAGUUUAGGGGACAAGGACGAUCAUAUUGACGAGAGUAAGAGAGUGACUAACGUGUAUGCAAAAUGUACGAGCAAUCUUAGAAUGUGUGUAAAGCAAUAGCAAUUGUAAAAAUCUGAUGCGUCUGAUGCGUUCGAUCACAGAGAGAAUGGAUGCAUGCGAGCUGCUAGAGUAGCUAGCAGCGUCUCCCAUCACUCUCUGGGAAUCUAUCGCAUCUAACAGACGCAUGGAAUCGCUGAAGACGAUCUGAACGUAUGCAAAUGUAAUCUAAGAUGCGUUUCUGUGGCGAAGGCAACGCAAUCGAAAAUUAUUGUAACAAUCAUAGAUGCAUCCAAUCGUUUCCAAUUGUGUUUUAAAAUCUAAGAAUGCACCCGAGGGAAAGCGCUAGAGUGGCUAUAACCUCUGCAGUUGUAUUAAUCUAAGGCAUCACCACCAUCACACACAGCACAGCACGUUGGGUAGGUUCGGUAGGGGAGAACUUGGGGGAGCUCGCUAGUAAGUUGUAAGCUAUUCAGUUGUAUGUGUGGUUAGUGUUAUUCUAAAGAGCGAAUGUUUGAGUAAAAAAUAUAUAAAUAAAUGAAAUUAAAUGAACUCUAAA